UUCUUCUGAGUAUUUUUAUUCUCAAACGAAUUAAUUUACUCAUGGCUGUCUCUAAAACUCUUGUGCUCCUUUUCGCCACAUCCAUCUUCUUAGCUUUCGGAUUGGUGGCAGAGGCUGAACCUCGUGCGUUUUUCGUGUUUGGAGACUCGUUGGUCGACAGCGGCAACAACAAUUACUUGGUUACUUCUGCACGAGCCGAUGCACCUCCUUACGGCAUCGAUCACCCCACGCAUCGAGCCACUGGACGUUUCUCCAAUGGCUACAACAUUCCUGACCUUAUCAGUCAGCGUAUCGGGUCUGAGCCAACGCUGCCGUACUUGAGCCCACAACUCCGCGGGCAAAAGCUUCUUAUCGGUGCCAACUUUGCGUCUGCAGGGAUUGGAAUACUGAAUGACACCGGAAUCCAAUUUGUGAACAUAGUUCGGGCACCGAUGCAACUUGCGUACUUUAAACAAUACCAGCAACGAGUGAGUGCACUUAUAGGACCCGAAAAGACGAAAGAGCUCGUAAACAAUGCCCUCGUCCUCGUGACACUCGGUGGUAAUGACUUCGUUAACAAUUAUUACCUAGUCCCGUUAUCCGCACGAUCCCGUCAAUACAAUCUCCAGGAUUACGUUCCUUAUAUCAUAUCCGAAUACAGAAAGAUUUUAAUGAGGUUGUACGACUUGGGAGCUCGCAGGGUACUCGUGACUGGAACGGGUCCGUUAGGAUGUGUACCUGCAGAACUGGCUCAACAUAGCAGAAACGGCGAAUGUGCAGCCGAGCUUCAAAGGGCUUCAUCUCUGUUCAACCCACAAUUAGACGAUAUGCUUACUGGUCUCAAUAACGAACUCGGUAAUCACGUGUUUAUCGGUGUAAACACAAAGCAGAUGCACAAUGAUUUCAUGACUAAUCCAACAGCUUAUGGAUUCGUUACUGCGAAAAUGGCAUGCUGCGGACAAGGGCCAUACAACGGGAUUGGAUUAUGUACCCCGAUGUCGAACUUAUGCUCGAACAGAGAUCUGUAUGUGUUUUGGGAUGCAUUUCAUCCAUCGGAAAAGGCGAACAGACUUAUAGUAGAUCAGAUUAUGAUCGGAUCAAAUGAGUACAUGAAUCCGAUGAAUCUGAGCACCAUUUUGGCCUUGGAUUCUAAUAAUUAAUCAGUAAUCAGCUGUAGCUAGCUAUUUGUGUGGAUCUAAAGAGAUACUCUACAAUCACAGUCCCAAAUGCCUGUUUUUUGGAGUUACAUUGUUGUUUUAAUGUUUCAUGAUGAGUGAUGAUCUGG